AUGGCUGCCUCCACCAAGGUGGAACUGGCACCGGUGCUCACGCGCGUGCUGGCUCGCCGUCUCAAGCAUCCGAAUCGGGCCGCGAGCGGCGAGGUCAAGCCGUUGGCAGACGAAGAGCCGUUGUUCGAGCUGCUUCCCUUGCCGGAGAAAUCCCCGGCCGAGUGUCAGAGCGAGGGCGGUAAAUGCCAGGAUGGAAGUGCCCCGGCCAAGACUGUGAAGCGCCCUGCCGUCAACGCCGCCCUGAUUGUGCGGGACCACGUGGUGCCAGCCUUGCAACGGGAGGCAGUUGUAGCUCUGCCCACCGACACCAUCUAUGGCAUUGCGGCCGUCGCACAAUCGGCAACGGCCGUGCAAAAGUUAUAUGACAUCAAGGAACGAGACCCUGCCAAACCCAUUGCCAUUUGUGUGCCGAAAGUUGCCGACGUCUACACUUACGCGCAUGUGACGGUCCCAGACGACGUCCUGCACCAGCUCCUGCCUGGGGCUGUCACCGUCGUCUUCAAGCGCAAACCUGCACUCAACCCCCUUCUGAACCCCGAUACCGAUCUCAUUGGUAUUCGCGUCACCAAUCACAGCCUGACACAGGCCAUUGUCGCAGGUCUACAAGCGCCCAUCGCGCUCACCAGCGCCAACAAGGCCGGGGCGGCCUCCUGCGUGCAGGCCGAUGAAUUUGAGCACCUAUGGCCUGCCCUCGGCUGCGUUGUGGAUGGCGGUCGCUUGGGCACGGGCAGUCGGCUUGGCUCUACGGUGGUUGAUCUUUCCAAGCCCCAGACCUUUGCAUUGCUGCGUGAUGGUGAUGCGGAACAACACGUGGUCGAUGUGCUCACGGCUGCCGGCUGGCACCGCGAAGGCGACAAGACACUGGAAAAGCGCAAUGAUUCUACCGCACCUACAACUUCCUGA